AAAACUGGACGCAGUUUGAUUUGUGAUGGAUGAGGAAAGAAAAGUGAAAAUGUGAGGAAGCGAACUGAACGAUACCACACCGAAACCUUUUUAGCUUUGGAGCGCUGCGUGAGUGUAUCACGCAGCACAUGUAAUAAUAACGUGACGCCAUUUUCGCUCUCUUCUCGCUGAGUGUCAUGGCCUCUCUCUCUCUCUCUAUAUCUCUAUAUCUCUAUUGUUUCUCUCUCUUAUUUUCUACUCUGCUUGUAUUUUGUAGCUUACUGCCACUAGCUUGAACAGACUAACUGCACAAAUACGCAUUCGCUUGCUCGAAUUCGAGGCGAAGAAGAUCUUGUUCUCACCUUCGCCGAUCCAAUCUGCAAAUGAAGCCUAACAAAAUCGUAAACCCUCUCAUAACCUUCGAACACAAGAGGGAUGCCUAUGGGUUUACUGUGCGGCCUCAGCACCUGCAAAGAUACCGUGAAUAUGCUAACAUAUACAAGGAGGAAGAAGAGGAAAGGUCAGAUCGGUGGAGCUUGUUUCUUGAAAGACAGACAGAGUCUACUAAAUUGGCCACAGACGGAUUAGUUGUUGGGGAUGGUGAGAAAGUUUUGCGUGAUGAAGUUGCAGAGCCAGAAGCUGAUCCUAGCUCGGAGAAGGGUGUUCAUGAAGCAAGCAACCGGAUACCAGAUGAUUCUGAGAAUGCAGCUGAAAAUGAUAGUCAAAAGGAGGUACCAGCGACUGAGGAGGCAAAAGUUCACAGAGUCCAGUUGUGGACUGAGAUAAGACCAACUCUACGAACUAUUGAGGAUAUGAUGAGUGUUCGAGUAAAGAAGAAAGCCGGGUCAGUAAAAGAUGAAAGGAUCAAGAAAUACAUUUUAAAAGAUGACAAGAUUAUUGAAACUGAAAAGUCACCAUUGCAUUCUGAUGAUGUUAAAUCACCAAAAGGACUAUUAGAGGAAGACUCUGAGGAGGAGUACUAUGAUGUUGAGAGGUCUGAUCCUAGUCCAGAUAUGCCUCUUGCUGAUGGCACAAAUGCCUCUGCAAAUGGUAUUACCACUGAUGCUGCACCACCAGAGGCUUCAUUUCCUUGGAGAGAAGAGUUGGAAGUUCUGGUUCGUGGGGGGGUACCAAUGGCCUUGCGGGGAGAGCUUUGGCAAGCUUUUGUUGGUGUAAAAGCAAGGAGGGUGGAGAAGUAUUAUCAGGAUCUGCUAGCCUCGGAGAGUGAUUCUGAAAUUAAAACUGAUCAGCAAAGCUUGCAGUCAAUUGACAGUAAUGGGAAAACAGGUGGAGAUUUUGUACGUAUGCCAGAAAAAUGGAAAGGGCAGAUUGAGAAGGAUCUGCCUCGAACAUUUCCUGGUCACCCUGCUCUGGAUGAGGAUGGUAGAAACGCUUUGAGACGAUUGCUUACUGCAUAUGCUCGACAUAACCCCUCAGUUGGUUACUGCCAGGCCAUGAAUUUUUUUGCUGGCUUAUUGCUACUUUUGAUGCCUGAAGAAAAUGCCUUUUGGACCUUAAUGGGCAUUUUAGAUGAUUAUUUUGAUGGCUAUUAUUCAGAGGAAAUGAUAGAAUCUCAAGUGGAUCAACUUGUUUUUGAAGAGUUGGUGAGGGAGAGGUUUCCCAAAUUGGCCAAUCAUCUAGAUUAUCUGGGAGUGCAGGUGGCAUGGGUUACCGGUCCUUGGUUCUUGUCCAUUUUUGUGAACAUGCUUCCUUGGGAAAGUGUUCUUCGAGUGUGGGAUGUGCUUCUUUUUGAAGGAAACCGAGUCAUGCUCUUUAGAACUGCAGUUGCUUUAAUGGAGAUAUAUGGUCCUGCAUUGGUAACAACAAAGGAUGCUGGAGAUGCAGUUACUUUACUUCAGUCAUUAGCUGGCUCCACAUUUGACAGUAGUCAGCUUGUAUUGACCGCUUGCAUGGGUUACCAAAAUAUAAACGAAACUCGGUUGCAGCAACUGAGGAAUAAACAUCGGCCUGCUGUAAUAGCUUCUAUUGAAGAAAGAUCAAAAGGGCUUAAAGCUUGGAGGGAUUCCCAGGGACUGGCUUCAAAGCUAUUUGGUUUUAAACAUGACUCUAAAACAGAACAAUCGACCGAUAUGCAAGUGCUUGACAGCUUAUCUCGUACAGAAUCUGGGUCCACUAAUGCAGAUGAAAUUCUAAUUAGUCUGACUGGAGAGGGUGAGAUAGAUUCUGUUCCAGAUCUUCAAGAGCAGGUUGUCUGGUUGAAGGUUGAACUUUGUCGACUGCUAGAGGAGAAAAGAUCAUCCAUUCUUAGGGCAGAGGAGCUGGAAACAGCAUUAAUGGAAAUCGUCAAGCAGGACAAUAGACGGGAACUGAGUGCGAAGGUAAGUCAUGACUGCACAUGGGAUUUUUUGCUUUCUCAUCACGCUGUUAUUGCCAAAGUUACUCUACAAGGCAACAUUUUAUUAUGAAGUUCUUGGAAAUUGUAUUAUGCAAUCACAUCUUAAGGCUAAUAGAUGAAUUUUCUGAGCGAGAUCUACAUAUAGACUUUCUUCACAGCAUAAUAAAACAGAAUACCGGUUCCUUGGUUCAUGCAACCAUUUAAUUAAAUAGUACUAAACUAAUGAGUAAUGAGGUGCUAGUAGUAUCUUAUUGUUUAUUGAUAUCAAAGCUGCAGAGAGUUUUCCUUUCUAUCCUUCCUCUAAAGUUGUUAUGAGUUCUACCCAUUGCACAAGAGACUUUCCUCUCCCAUUAAACAAUUAGAAGUUGCUCAGGAAGAGAUUUGCACAUCCUGAAAUUUGCUCUUACAGCCUGGACUUUUCCAGGCCAAAGGCAAACUGAUUUUUCUUAGGUAUUGUGGAUUUCACUGUUGUCAGUUUGCAGAGGAAUAUUAACUGUAGUAGGUAACACAUCAGAAGAAGAAGGAUCCUUAAAGUAAAAGGAAGACUCAUUCAAAGUGACAUAUGAAGAAAUAAAAUAGCAAUAAAGAGAAGGAAAGAAACACUUAUAUCCUUUUUGUGAUUGAGUAAAUCCUAAAAAAAACACAUUUAUGUGAUUUAGGAGAUAA